AUGAAUCAUCCAAUUUUCCUCUCUCCCUCACCAAAAGUAACAAUUUUAUUGAUGGGUACUUAUAAGUCAAACGAGAGUAUCAGUGAGAAACGAGGGGUAUGUAUCAUCUGGAGAAGGAUCACUCACAGCCAUACAUACUAUGGCGGCGUCGAACUCCGUGAACUUAACUACAGACUAUCUGGAAAUACAAAUCUCACAUUUAAAAUCCAACAAUUUAUCUCCACCAAACCCUCAGCUGUAGUAGCAAUCGCCGUAGCAACCACUACCUAUGUAGCAGGAAGAUCACGGAUGAAGUAUAGCAAAUCUUUUUACCCCUUUACUUAUAAAAUAAGCCAUUCAUUACACCAUCGAGAGUGGUCUCAAGGAGAUCUGGUGUCGGACACCGCGGCCUCUAUAUGGUUUCGAACUCCGAGACCAGCCUUUUCACUCAACGCACAGCACAGCGCACCAGCACUGGCAAGAUGCAGUCUUCCGAGUAUAACAUUAUCUUAA